CACAUGUCCAGAGUCCGUUAAAACACUUCCGGGUUCGAUAGAGAUCUGCUGGAGCUGGUUUGUCUCCUCAAAGUCACGACUGUCGGUUGUUAUGGCGGCUGGUACAGCAUGGAGGUAGUCUGCAGCCUCGGUUCUCUCACCGCCGACACAGUGUUACAGUUCUCUGGACUCCUGGACCACCCGAGGAGCGAAGAGAUGGAGGAGAAAGCGUUAGAAGUGUACGACGUGAUCCGAUCGAUCCGGGAUCCGGAGAAGCCCAACACCCUGGAGGAGCUGGACGUGGUGACGGAGAAAUGUGUGGAGGUCCAGGAGCUCGGAGAGGACGAGUUCCUCAUCAUCAUCAAGUUCUCCCCGACCGUCCCUCACUGCUCUCUGGCCACGCUGAUCGGUCUCUGCUUACAAGUGAAGCUGCAGCGAUGUCUCCCCUUUAAACACAAGCUGGAAAUUUACAUUUCAGAGGGAACCCAUUCUACUGAAGAAGAUAUCAACAAGCAGAUCAACGAUAAGGAGCGAGUGGCGGCCGCCAUGGAGAACCCCAACCUGAGGGAGAUCGUGGAGCAGUGUGUCACCGAGCCCGACGACUGACGGAGGAAGCUCCACCCACGAGGACUCACUCUGGAGUGAUGGAGGUUUUAUUAUUGUGGAGCGUCUCUACUGAGAGUCAUGAAUACUGAGAGGAGACUCAAAGUCUGGAUGGAAUCUGAACAAAGCCUCAGACGAGUGUGUUGACCGGUCAUUCCCUGAUGGACGACCUCGAGGAGGACGGGGGCGGGUCUUUGUGGAGGACGAGGACCGGUGUUUUCAUCUCAUCCUGUGAUUUAUAGAAGUCUGUCCUUUUUUUUGUAAAUGCAAUCAUCACUCAGAUUCAAACCCAGUCUCACAUCAAACCCCUCUAGUGCUUUAAAAUUAUUAUUAUUCGUGGAAAAUGUAAUAUUUCAGCAUGUAAAAUGUGAAAUAUGCAUUUUAUUUUCAUAAUCUUUGUUCAGUGAAUAUAAACUUUCUUUUGUUUGUUAGUUAUAACAAAGUUAUUUCAUGUCAACAUCCAGUUCUGAAAAGUGAAGUCAAAGCUUCCUGUGUUAAAGCUGCAUUCUCUCUCCUGUCCAGCAGGGGGCGACUCCUCUGGUUGUAUAGAAGUCUAUGAGAAAAUGACUCUACUUCUCUCUUGAUUUAUUCCCUCAGUAAACAUUGUAAACAUGAGUUUAUGGUCUCAAUCUCUAGUUUCAAGUCUUCUUCAAUACAGCAUGAUGUUCAUUUAGUAAAUGAUCUCUACGUGUAGCUCACGUUUGAAUCAUUGUUUUUUCUUCCUGUUACCGUAUUUCUCAACACAACAACAUGAUCGAGGACUCAUUAAUACGAUGGAUUAUUGUGAAAACCAUCAGUUUCAUUAUUGUUUCUUAGAUUCUGUUUUUUUCUGCUGAGUUAGCUGUGAUCCAUCCCACUAGAAACGGCUGCUUGUCUGCAGCGUUGGAACCAAACGCCCUCUGAGUGGAUGUGUGAUGUUAAUGAUGUGAGACUGGGCUGCAGAUAAUGAAGUCUGAAUCGUUUAGAGGUGAUUAUUUUAAAUAAAAAGAGAUUUAUUUAAAGCGAG